AAUGAGGCGCUUCCUCUAUUAACCUCGCAUGACAAAAUACUCCACAAUAGUAUUGUGCUAGGUACCUUUGGAACAUGGCCGAAGUGUGGUCAGAAGCUGUGAGUACUUGACGGUAGGCUGAGGUCUCAAAUCCUGUGGAGAUAAAUCAGGAUGACCAAUUUUGGGAUUACGAUUAUCUUUCUUUGCGCCAUCAUCAAAUACGGCUCAUCAAUAAUGUGCUACGAGUGCAACAGCGCGACCAACUCGUACUGCGCGGACGCCGUCCUGCCGGACAGCCUGAAGAGGAACUGCUCGGAGCACGACCGAGGAGUGACUCAUACGCUGUGCAGGAAGAUAGUGCAGCACGUAGAGUUUGGCAUCAACGGGCAGCUGCCUGCAUCCAGGGUCAUUCGCAGCUGCGGCUGGGACGAGACCAAGUACAAGGGCGCCUGCUAUCACCGGUCAGGCUACGGCGGCAGGCAGGAAGUGUGUUCCUGCACCAAAGACUUCUGCAACGGCUCCCAAGAAAACAGCGUCACCCUCGCUCUUCUGAUCACAGCGACUCUACCUCUUCUAGCCAAGAUUUUAUGAGUGACUGACCUGGUUUAAUUUAUAAAUUAAUGCAAUAGCUAUAGCAAUAUUGUCAUGACUAUUGAGAUUUGUGCAUAGCUUCAACCACACCAACCCGUGCAGAUUGCAAUCGCCGGCGCGAUCACGG